AAGCUUUCAAGUAAGACACCGUUAGUUAAUAUUAGCAACGCUGUUAUAAGUACAACAGGAAUAUCCGUCUUAACGAUCCUCACCCCCAAAAUUCAUCAGCUAUUUAAUAUUUGAACAUCUCCACCACCAGAAAACCAAGCACCAUCACCAUCAACAUGCAGUUCCUCGCUCUCGCUGCCCUCUUCGGCGCUGCCAUCGCGGCACCCCUCAGCCUCGAUCCCAACUUCGAGGAGACGAUUACAAUCACAGCCUACACGCUCGUCCUCCAAAACGGUGGAAUCCACAACGUCGUCUUCAACCUCACCGGCAACGACGCCACCAACCUCGACUGCAGAAGCAACGACUCUAUCGAAGACCUCUCAAAGAUAUACCAGUGCGGCAAAUUUGCCAACGUCACCAACAGCCCUUACAGCUUCGGCCUCUAUGCAACUAACGAGGACGAAAGCGGCUACGGGCUGCGUCUCUACCACGCUUUCGGAGUCGGUAUCGGUUUCUACGGCGAGGGUGUUCUCAACACCACAUGCACCAGAUUCGAGCCUGUCCCUAUUAGCCCCACGUACUGCUCGCAGACCCUUCAAAAUCCCGUCGCCAGAAUCCCUAUUGACUCCAAGGGUGCGUUCCCGAAUUAGAGAGCUUGUCGCAGUAGUACGCGCAGCAGCGCUUAUACUGAGUGUCAAGUUGUUGUAAAUGUUG